AUGAAGAGAUAUAGGCAAAAUGAGAUCAGACUAAAAGAAAGUUUUUCAGGUGAAUCAUCAGAAAUUAAAAAAGCGUCAAUAUUAAUGCCAGUGUAACCUAUAUUUAGAAUUAAAAAACACACAUCAGCUUCGUUAAAACACAGAAUCUCUCAAAAUCCUGUAUGCAAAACAAACAGACUUGAAAUGGAUUCUCCAAAAUAUUAUACCAACAAACUAAGAAUACUUAAUAAAUUUGAAAAAGAGGAUCAAAAGUUGCAAGUCACAGGCCAAGGAAAAUUAUAUUUCCCUCAUGCCCUAACUCAUGACUAUAUUUCAUCCAAUAAUUAAAAUAUGGAGUCUCCACCUAGCAUGGCCUCCGGCCAUGCAACUUCCGAGCACAUAUUUUAAUUAUAUCCGGCAAGGUUUUACCAAUCCUGAAAUGGACGGCAAUACUAGGUAAGCUAUUCUUGACGUUUCAGAGUCUAGCCCUUAGUCCGAAUUCGGAAUUGGGUUUUACCUCGAAGGAAAGGAAGGUACAGAUUUGGAAAGGGCAAGCCCAGCAAGGUCUACAGGGAAUACCUAGACCAAUCGGGCAACUGCCUAGCGUGAAACUGGGAGUUACGCCCCAGGAUCCGGACUUUUCCUUUUUGCCGAGAGGUUCAUCAGAAAUUUCAUUUUUUGGAAUUUUUGAAUGGCCAACUUCGUACUCUCACAGCCUCAAGCAAGGCCACACAAGUCCAUAGACUGCCCACUCAAAACUGGAGCCGCAAGGCAAGGAGGAGACCCUGGCUGGCCCUUGUUGUAGGCCCGUCGCAAAACAGUUGAAUCUCUCCUAGGAGAUCCUUGGUGAUUGCGUUAAAAUUAUGGCACUCUGCCUUUCUGCUAAUUAAGAUUAAGAUUAAGACUAUAUUUCAUCCAGAAAAAUUACUUAUGAACGACUCCAUAAAAUGAACACAGAGCCUCCCAAAGUUCCUAAAAUCCUCAAUAAAUCCAAACAAAGGGAUUAUUCAAAAAGUACAAGCCCUAUUCAGCCAGAGGCUUAUAAAAUUAAUUUAAUCAUGCCAAAAUAUAAGCUGAAUAGCGAAAGGAGAAGGAGAGAAAAUUCUAAUAAAACCCCCACACUGCCUCCGAUAAUGAAAUCGAAAUCUGAUUAUUCACCUGCAAGAGUCAAUACAGAAGAAAUUAGUAUCCUCUCUCUAAAGGAGCUUUGAAAAAAUAAAUUAAAUAAUUUCCAAUAAAAUAAUAUUGCCAAAUUUAGUAAUAUAGUAUAAAAAUGAAAAUUCGUGCACAAACUUCGAGGAAGAAAAACUUGACGCUACUCCCGAGCCAAGUGAUUUGACUAAGUUUGAUUCUCCAGCAGCUGUUUGAAAAAUAAUUGAGCCACAUUCAGGUGAAUCUUGGGGGUCUGAGCUUUCGAUUAAAUAUUCAAGUAGUAUUGUUGGCCUAUCAUCAACCCAUAGACAGCUAUCACGUGAAGAAAUGCUAGAAGAGAUGCUUUUAACAUCAUGCGUUGCCAAAUAUCACGAAUUCAAGUUCAAAGUGAUUUCAAAAGAUCCUCUAUAUGAAGGUGUUAAUGGAAUUAUAAGAAGUUGGAAGGCAGGAGAUUGCAUUGGAAAUGGAAAUUUUGGAUGUGUUUUAAAAGCAUUUGAUAAUGAAACUGGAGAAUUAUUCGCCGUCAAAAGAAUUUUUUUUAACCCGGAAAAUACACCGCAAGCACAGUUUAUAAACGCGUAUAAAAACGAAAUAAAUAUUUUGAAAGAUCUUGACCAUAAGCAUAUUGUAAGAUAUUAUGGAAGUGAAGCAGUCGCUGACAGCUUUUGCAUUUACUUAGAGUAUUUGCCUGGCGGAAGUAUUUCAAGCUUAUUGUUCAAUGUUGGAGCUCUUCCAGAAUCAACUGUGAAGGUUUAUACGAAGCAGAUCUUAAAAGGUUUAAUUUAUUUGCAUGACAACAAUGUAAUUCAUAGAGAUAUAAAGGGAGCAAAUCUAUUGCUAGAUUCAAGAGGUAAAAUUAGAUUAAGCGAUUUUGGAUGUUCCGUGAAAUAUGAUAACAGCGACGAAUCAGGCUUGGUUAAUUCAUUAAAAGGUAGCUUACCAUGAAUGGCUCCUGAGGUAGUAAGACAAAAUGGAUACGGAAGAAAGGCAGAUAUUUGAAGCCUUGGGUGCGUCUUAAUCGAAAUGCUGACAGCAAAGCAGCCCUGGCCUCAGAUGGAAAAUCAUGUCUUGUUAAUGCUUAAAAUUGCUACAUCUAACGAUAUACCUGAAAUACCUCAAGACAUAUCUAAUGAUGCUAAAAGUUUUAUAUCUUUGUGUCUACAGAGAGAUCCUGAGAUGCGAAAAUCUGCUAAAGAGUUAAGAAAUCAUCCAUUUGUCAGUAAAUUAUAUAUAAAUUAA